UGAUCAGCGGCCUCUGUGUGUACAGUGAUCCAGAACAUCAGCUGAACUCUGAGUUUUAGCCAUGUCAUUAAUAAUCUUAACAUCUCCGCACAGAUUACAAUCAAUCUGCAGAUUGAAGAGAAUACAAGGACACAUGUGUGUCUCAUCUCAGAUGUCGAGUAAAGCUGGGUCUGAAGUUCUGUUUGAGAAAGUUGGGAACGCUGGAGUCAUCACACUAAACAGACCCAAAGCGCUCAAUGCUUUGAAUCUUACCAUGAUCAGACACCUCUACCCUCAGCUCAAGAAAUGGGACAAAGACUCAGAAACAGAUCUAGUGGUCAUUAAAGGAGCAGGGGAGAAGGCAUUCUGUGCUGGUGGGGAUAUCAGAGCUAUCACAGAAGCUGGAAAAACCGGCGAUUCUCUCGCUCAAGACUUCUUCCGUGAGGAAUAUAUUCUUAACAACACUAUUGGUACAUAUCCGAAACCAUAUGUGGCUCUAAUUGAUGGAAUUACAAUGGGAGGAGGCGUGGGUCUUUCAGUUCAUGGACGGUUUCGUGUGGCCACUGAGAAGACACUGUUUGCCAUGCCAGAGACGGGCAUUGGUUUGUUCCCGGAUGUUGGUGGUGGCUACUUCCUGCCUCGACUUCAAGGCAAGCUAGGCCUCUUUCUUGCCCUGACCGGGAUCCGCCUCAAAGGGAGAGAUGUUCAGAGGGUCGGGUUGGCUACGCACUUUGUGCAGUCCAACAAGAUUGCAUCUCUUGAGAAGGAUCUUGUUGAUCUAAAGUCUCCAUCUAACAUUGAUGUGGCCCAACUGCUGGAUUCUUAUGAAGAACAGAGCAGUCUGGAUGCUGAGAAACCUUUCGUACUGCAAGAACAGACAGAGGCCAUUGACAGGCUCUUUUCAGCUGGAAGUGUGGAGGAGAUCAUGGAGAACCUUAAGAAAGAUGGCUCUGCUUUUGCUCUCAAACAGACUGAGACUCUGUCCAAAAUGUCCCCAACCUCUCUGAAGUUAACUUUCCGGCAGAUUCAGGAAGGAGCGAGAAUGAGUUUGCAGGAGGUGUUGGUGAUGGAGUAUAGACUCAGUCAGGCCUGUAUGAGAGGCCACGAUUUUUAUGAGGGAGUCAGAGCAGUGCUAAUCGAUAAAGACCAGAGUCCAAAGUGGAAACCUUCUACCCUGUCUGAGGUCUCAGAGCAGGCUAUAGAAGAAUGUUUCAGCUCUCUGGGUGAAAGAGAUCUCAAACUAUAGAAACCCCUCUCAAGAUCCCUGUAAGUUGCUUUCACAUGCCUCUGAAAUUUAUCAAAGAAAUCUGCAUUGUUAUUUCUGUCGGCAUCGCUGACGAAUGCAAAAAUAAUCCUUUAAAUGUUCCUCUGAGACUUCUGCGCAGAUCCUCUGAUCCUUGAGAUGAAAUGAACAAUGCUAGUUUCUUGAGGAAAUUCAGAGGUUUGGGGUGUUUUCUUUGUGCCAUUACACUGGGAAAUGAUAUUUAGAGUAAGCUAACAACUGAGAGCAGUCUAGUCGUAUUUUAAAAGUAAAGUUCAUCCAUAAAUGAAAAUUGUGUCAUUUUCACAACUGUUUGUGUUAUUUACUCAACUUCUUUUAAUCUUAGAAUGCAGGUCUUUCCCACAAAAAUAAAAUCAAAGAGAUUCUAUAGAUAUUAGUUUUGAGUUCUGCAGGGAAAAAAAUACUGGAAACAGGUUAAAAAUGACAUGAAGUUGAAAAAAUAAUGACAGAAUUAAUUUUUUUGGAUGAACUAUAGGACAAUAUGAAUUUACAGCACUCUUGUCAGGGUGAAUUUUUUUUUGCAUACUUCAUCCUUAAAAUGUCUUUUUCAUCCAUACUGUGUAAUCAUUGUUGUGAACCCUGUGGAAAGAAAAUGGCAGACACUCAUUUUUGCACAUGCUGCGAUCCGUGAUUAACCCUGACAACCUUAACACAUCCCCUGGCCACGAUGGUGGGAUUAAAGUAUUGUCAUGUGAUGCAUAAUACGACUGCCCUUAACCACAGUGUUUACUACACAAGCAGUUCCACUGGCCUAGACUAGAGAGUAUCAAGCCUUUGACAGAAUAAAUCAGAAUGAUUUUGAGACAACAGUCAUGCCUUGAAUUCAAAUUAUUUGCUUCUUCUCUUCUUUGCUCUCAUAUAACUAUGUGGGUGCUCAUAAAAGGUGUGUGACCUAUAUAUAAAUGAUUGUAUUGUGUCUCUGUUUUUGAUUUUGAUAGUAGAUAUAUGGCAUAAGAUUUCAAUGUGCCCACAGUUCAUCUCAAUAAAACAACAGUGUAAAAUA